AUGACGUAUAAGCAAAUUAUGUAAAAAAAAUUAUAAAAUAUUUUUUUGGCAAAUAAAAACUUUGUUAAAAAACAUAAAAAUGAGAGCAGUCACAUACAAAAGACGUGUAAAACGAUGCAUUUUAUUGCUGAUACGAUUUUCAUUUAUGGUGCUUCUUGUAGCAACAUCCGCUGGAGCGAAGCCCGUUUUGCCUUUCAACUUUGGCGAAUCUCUGCAACUCCCAUCGCUUACAUCGUUCGCACCCUUUCAGCAGUAUGUUGAAAAAAGACAAGCAUCCGCAACAAAAACAUUCACGGGGCGUCGUAUUGAUCGCGAUUCAUUGCGAAUGAUCUAUUAUCAUGACGCAACGAUUGCUGUUGUAGAAUUAGGACCGGAAAAACUUCUUCUUGGCUGUGAGUUAAUUGAAGUGUUUUCUGACAUGGAAGGCAAAUCAAUGUUACGUAAGCUCUCUAAAAUUAACCGCCCAUUAGAAAUUAGCUUUAAGGAUAUGAUGAAACUAAUGUAUCAAUGUGAGCUCGUUGAUAAGGCUGAACAAAAGACACGUGAUGAUUAUUUGGAGGAAAUGCAAAGCGACCAACCGAUACAAGAGUCACGUGGCGGGCUCUUUGACAAUCAAGCAUUCCCAUCUAUAUCUUUGUUAAGUGGUAUAAUUCCAGGCACAAAAUGGUGCGGAACGGGUGACAUAGCAAAAAGUUAUCAUGACUUGGGUACCGAAUCAAAUGUUGAUCGAUGUUGUCGCACGCAUGAUUUGUGUCCGAGUAAAGUUCGUCCCUACCAAAAACGAUACGAAUUGGAGAAUAAUUCGUUAUACACAAAAUCUCAUUGUACUUGUGACGACAUGCUGUUUUCGUGUUUAAAACAUUCAAAUUCGUCUGCGGGAAACCUUUUGGGAACAAUUUACUUUAAUCUAGUUCAGGUUCCUUGCAUAGAAAACAACGACAAAGGUAGUUACAAAUUCAGAAAAGCACGUAACAACUUUUGAAAUAUUCUUCAACUCCUCUGAAGUUAAUCUUUGUACAUAUUUGAUAUAUUUAAUAAGCACCUCAUGUUAUUGUUUCAAAAAAUUUUAAUAA